AUGGGAAAGAUAGGCUGUGGCAUUGACAGGAACCUGAAAGAAGCAAACUUAAGUGAGGCUAUACCAUGGAUUGGCCUCUAUGUAGCAGCAGCAUCUCUGGUCUGUGCAAUUGCUAUGGCUGUGGAUGUCAUUCGUGGCUUCCGCCAACAGAAGUUCUGGUUUCCUAGCAAAUUCUUCUCUAUCAAUGCCACUUCACUAACCAUAAUAGCUGUGGCAGUCAAAUGGUCAAUGGAUCUGAACACUGCUAUGCCUCGCCAGGCUGAUCAGCUUGCAAAACUUAGCAGCAGUGUCUUGCUCUGGACAGUAAUGGAUCAUUCUAUGCCUUCUCUUGGAACCAUGGACGACAAUGAAAUCUUCACAAAUAUAUUAGCUUUCGGAAUACUCAUUAUUACUGUUGUUGUUAAAAUCGGUAUUCAGUUAGGAACUGGCGCAAUAUAUCUUCAAAGGAAAGAGCAUGUGUUUAUUAUGUUUCUCAUGCUUAUUUUGCUUGAAAUCUUCAGCUUCUCGGCUUUAAUCAUGCCAAUGACUAAGAAAUAUUUAGAAGCAAAAAACAACAAAAAGUUUGAAAUGGCUCUGAACAAAGGCUUGGAUGAAACUGACAAAAGGUCAGAUAAGAAACUCAAAGAAAAUCUAAUGAAGUUCUGGAUGAUGACUCAUACCCGCAUACCCAUAGGAGUUGGCACUAUUGCCCAGCAAUCAUAUGGUCCACUGCUCAAACUUGCCCAUGAUGCGAAAAAUCAAUCGUUGAACCUUUGCAUUGGAGUGCAAACUGGAAUUCUGUUGGGAAGCAAGGUGAUUCAAUUCAUUUCAGUUUACAUUGUUCACUGGAUUUUAGUAUUCUCUGAGUUUUCCAAAAUAAAGAAGUUGAACCCCAGUGAUCACAUUUCAAGUGACUCAGGAUCAGAGUCACAAUCCAGUUCCAAACUGGACCUCAGCCAUUUCGUUUUGCGUCUUGAAGGUGAAGGUGAACUAGUUGAUCUGAUGAUGACGAACAACUUUGAUGCCACUGAUCAUUGGCUGCAGAGGGGAAAAAAAGACAUUGAAAGUGGCAAAUGUUGUGUGGUUGGGAGUCGAUCUCUACCAGAAGUGGCUAGACAUGGAUCUUCAAAAACUGUCACUACAAGCAGAAAGCACAAAGAAGUGCUCGAGGGACUUGCUGAUGCUGCAAAGAACAGGCUUGAGGAGUAUAAGAAGAUACCUGUGAACCAAUGUCGGAUUGAAAGCCCUUCAAACUUGGCCCAUCAAGUCAAAGAGCUUGGACGAGACCACUUCGCAGAGUCAAGUCUAGGUGGCAUUGUCUGUAAAUACACUAACAAAGAGAUGGCUGCAGCAGCACAUGACUCAGGAAUGGAAGUUGUGACUCGUGAGAAUGAAAGAGUAUCAAAACCUCUGGUGCUAGAAGGAAGCCCUAGUCGAGCUAAGGACCUCUCCACUGCUUAUCAAGACCAAACAUCAAGAUAUUACAAAAUCAUGAAACAAUUUGUUGAAACAUGUGAGUUGGCAGCAGAGAAAGAUGUAUUCAGGAGUGCCCAGUGGUGUGAUACCAGGCCUGAAAACUCUGUGGAUAGAAAUGCUAAAUAG